UAAGCGGAACAUAGAAGAAGACUCUGAUGCGUACACGGAAGAAAGAAACAGACGUGCUUCUGACGCUGUCAAAGCUGAGGUGUCCACUUGUAUUUGUCAACGCGGAUUUUCACCUUAGCAGAAAGAUUUGAUCGACUGGUUAGAUUCGUUAGCUUUCCAUUGCUGACACGAUGAGGUUUAUUUUCUUGGCAUGUGUUACGGUUGUGUUUUGCCCCAAGGUGAUAGGGGCCACAGCACUUUCUGAUAAGGAUGCAUCAGUCAAUCAAAAGGUCGGAUCUGAUCAGAAAGAUCUGCCUCUUCACCCUGAUGUUAAUGCACCUGAAAAGAAGACCCCGGAAGGCUUAGAGCCGCCUCAACCUCCCACACAGAAAGAGACAAAGGACAAGGUUAACGAGGGUUUGCCAGACCAGGUGCCUGAAGCAGUUAAAGAGAACGAUUUGUCGAAAGAAGCUUCCAAGAGCAAAAUAACUCCGGGGGCUCCAGAGACCAAAAAAAAGAUCACAGAGGUCAUAAUAUCAACGGACCACAAAAAGGACGCAAAAUCAGGAAAUGAAACCAAACCUGCAAAUUCAGGAGGAGAGACCACAGCGAAGGCAAAACCUAAAAUAGAGCCUACACAGGAGGAAAAAACGCAAGGAGACGUGGGGUUAAAACCGGAAGACCCUGGAAACCAGGUGGAACUUGAAGGGGCGGCUGAACAGGAAGACAAGUCAGCAGAACACACAAAAGAAGAGAAACUAGGAAAUCAUGGAACGGAGGACGACUCAGAAGGAAAUCCUAAAAAAGAUAAAUCAACAGAGCACACAGAAAAGGAAAAACCAGGAGAGCACGCAGAGGAGAAUGAACAAGAAGAGCACGCAAAGGAAACCAAGCAGGAAGUGGAGCCUGGAAAAGCCACAUCGAAAGAAGAGCAUGCAGAGGACAAAUCAAACGCAAAUCAGGGCAAGACGACACAAGUGGAAAAAGCUGGCAGUGAUGGAAAACCUGGAGAUGAAGGUACAAAUAAGAAAACAGGAGGCAACCGUCAGUAUGGCCGAAAUGACGAGAUAGAAAGUAGUCAUUUCUUUGCAUACCUCGUCUCGACGGCAGUGGUGGUUGCCGUGCUCUACAUUGCUUACCACAACAAGCGUAAGAUAAUUGCAUUUGUUCUGGAAGGAAAGAGAUCAAGAUCUACCCGUCGACCAAAAUCUACUGACUACCAAAAGUUGGAACAGCAGUUGUAAUCAGAUGCUGUGGCCUUGAGACACUGAAUGCACUGUUUGAUGGCGUACGAGGAAGUGAGCAUUUGAACGGACUUGACAUUUUGGCUUAUGAAGAUGUUCUAUUUUGUAAAUGGAUGCUUAUUGCUUGACUAUGCAUAAGAUGACACUAUUGCCUUAUUGACAGUGAAACAUAGUGAUCGUUGAUGAAAUAUGCAUGCGGUGUUUGCACCUUUGUCUUCUUUAUUCCACUUUAAGUAUGAGAAACCAGACUCAGGAUAUUUCAGUAGCUGAUGAGAGAGAGAGAGAGAGAGAGAGAGAGAGCUUUAUUUGUUUUCCCAUGCUAUUUACUUGCUUUGUUUGUACAACUCUAAUUGCACUUUGAGCCAAAUAAUAUGACUCCUUGUAAAAAAUAUGAAAUAUUUUAUCACUUGUUAAAUAUGGUCCGGAGCUACCUUAUUAAAAUAUCCAUGUAUUUGCAUCCCUUCCCAAGAAUUAAGAUUCUUUGGUAGCGUUUUUAUCAUUUAUAGCACCAAGACUAGAAGCAGCAAGACUGAUGAAUGUUUGAUCGCAUGACAAUGUCGUCAAAUGCAAGGUAAUGCGCUGCAUCUUUAUUAUAUUCAUACAUUCAAACAUUGAAAUUUGUAAUGAGAGAGGACAGAAGCAAGGUAACUACCAUAAAAUCCUGUGAAUAACAAACAUGUUGUAUAAGAUAUGGUCCUCCUAUUUACUGAUUUCCUUUUAUUCUCAGAGUGAAUAUAAGUUGGUAAAGAUUCAAAACAUCCCAAUAAUGCGUGAAUACAUUUAAAUCCAGAUUGAAACAUGCUAUCCCAUACUUAUGACUAAAGUAUUUUUAACAUGUCAUAAAACCUGCAGCCUUGGUAAUUUUUGCAAUAGUAUUGCAAAAUGAUGUUCUCAAAAACCUUACACUCAUCUUUGUUUUGUUGAAAGUGCUUUUAAUUGCAGAAUGUGAAAAAUAUUGAAUUGACUUGCGUCGCUGUAAAUCAGUGAUUUUCCAACCCCUUGGCAUUGUCGAAGUACUGAAGUGUCUAAUCAAUGUGAUUUUUUUUUUUAUCCUUUUUAAUCCUGUGUGAAUACCACUAUCGUUUUGUUUGCCACACUUAUAAAUUUGUAAUGAGAGGGGAAGGCAAAAUAGCUCAUUCCUGAAAAUGCUUGAUUUUGGUUCUGUAUUGGAUGAUGUUUGAAGACUAUCCUGUUGUAAAUGAAACUGCAUUUCUCCCAUUUGCUGCCUUCGGUGAAAAUUUAAGCGAUUUCUUUUUGAAAGCAAACUGACCAACAAAUGCAUUGCUUAAAAGGUGGUAGAAUUUUGGGGGAGAAUGAAUGAUGGAGUAAAUAAUGUAGAAGAUAGUCUUAUGUGUGCCAAAUAGGAAAAUGUUUCAGUGUAUUUUAUUGAGUUUGACAUUGUAUUCUAGGAACACCAUUUCCAAAUGGCAGUGGUCAUAAUUUAUGAAGGAAAAGUCUAUCUGGUUGUGUAUGGCCGUACUUUUUAAUAUAUCUGGCUAAAAUGUUUGGAACACCCUGUUGUCAAAAAUAAAGGGUUUUAUGAUAUUUAAA